AUGGCGAUCCCAAUACCAUCUCGUCAGCUAUUCAUCGAUGGCGAAUGGAGAGAACCUGUCAAGAAGAAUCGUAUCCCCAUCAUCAACCCCGCCACCGAACAGAUCAUUGGGGAUAUUCCGGCAGCUACUGCUGAGGAUGUGGAAAUUGCUGUGGAAGCCGCUCAGAAAGCCUUUUCAUGGAAUGGAGGCCGAGACUGGUCAUCAGCCACUGGGGCAUAUCGCGCAAAGUAUUUACGUGCUAUUGCUGCUAAGGAUAUGACGGCAAUGACUGUGCAAGUUGUUGAUGGAUUGACGAUUGUCUGGUUAAUGCUGCCCGCGCCGUGUUUGGGGGGGGGGGGUAGCGCAGCAGUUUUGAUGAUGAACACAGCGGUGGUGUUGUGCUGCUAUAGCAUGGGAGGUGGUGGCGACAAUAUUGAUGUAAAGGUGGUGAUGGUUGCAGUAGCGAUGAGAGAAAAGCUGUACUCGCAAAACUUGAAGCAAUUGAUUGUGGAAAAACCAUUGGAGGAAGCAGCUUGGGAUAUAGAUGAUGUAGCUGGAUGUUUUGAGUACAAUGCAGAUCUUGCUGAAGCUUUGGAUUCAAAGCAAAAUGUCCCAAUUUCUCUUCCGACGGAGACAUUCAAAAGUCGUGUUCUCAGGGAACCCAUUGGGGUUGUUGGGUUGAUUACUCCAUGGUAUGAGCUGCUUCUUUCCAUUAGUUGGUCAAUGAAAUCCAAUAACACCUACAAUCUUUGUAAGUUCAGUUUGGCUCGGAUCAAGUCUAGCCAAUCUUUUUUGAAGUUCUUAGUGUAAAUGAACUGACCCUCGCCUCAGAACAACCGACAUCAUGUAAUAAUGCCGACUUUGCCCGUUACACUCUCACAGAUGUUCACCCAGUUUGAGGUCCAUUUAUUUUGAGUAUUUUUGAAAUGUGUGCAUGUGGAAUCUGAUGAUGUUUCUCUAAAGAAGUGUGUAUGUGCUUAUUAUGACGGUGGCUACCCUGUUAAUCUCCAAACUGGCAACGAACCACCUUUUAUUUUGGAGCUGUGGCUCUUAUGCAAGAUGCCAUAUGUUUGUUGAUAGAAUUACUCUUAUUAUUGUUACAAUAUUGUUCGUCUGUCAAUCUUGAGCCUGUAGCGGUGGAUGCAGCCUUAAAUGCAAGAUAAUAUUGCAUGUUUUGGUCUCUAGUAAUUAGGAGGUUGUGAUGGUGGUUAUUUUUAUUGUGUGGAUUGCAUGUUGCAGAGUAUUGUAAUGGUUGAUAAUUAGGAGUUUUUGGUUAGUGCCCU